CAAAUGUAUACAAGCUCAAUUAGUUUUUAAUCACGUUUUGUUGCAGCAUCAAGCUAUUAUAUUUCUUUACUACCAAUCGAACGUCAAUACAGCUUUGGUAUUGAUUGAAACACGAUGUUGUCUACAAUAUUAACUGUUUUGUGCCUGUCUAUAGUAAUUACAGCAGAUAUGAUCGCUUCAGGAAUGGACAGGACCUUAAGCGACGGAGUGACAAGUAUGGGGUACAAUGUAGUGUACGGAGACGAAGAUUUGUUUGUUAUAAAUCAGGUCAUAAGUAACGCAGAGAAAUCAGAUAUGUUGAAGAAAAAAACAAAUCUCAAUGAAGCUAUUGCCCCGUUACCAGCCGAAGAUGUUAAGUGCUUGAUGUCUGUUGACCGAUACUGUUCUAAAUCUAUGGGCGAAAUAAAAAGUGUUCUCAUCCAAGCAUUAAAAGAUGAUUGCGCUAAGUGUUCUAUAAAACAGAAAGAAAGCGCAGGAAAAAUUGUAGCAUCUAUGAUGGCCCAUGAUCCUGUUGCGUGGAAGCUCUUCCUCACCAGGUCAGCACUACUAAUUUUACCAGAAAAGAAACCAUUUAAAAAAGAAACAUCAAAAUUCAAAAUAAAGGGAGAUCCUGAAUUCAUUGAAAACGCAAGAAAUAGAUACACUAUGCCUGGUGUGAAAGUGAGAGUGAAAAGAUACGCAAUGGAGAAAAUACAUUAAUGUAUACAUUUCACUGUUGCCUAAA